GAUAUUAAAGAAAUAUAUUUUAAUCAAAAAACUAAUAUUAAACAAGAAGAAUAUGAAGAGUUGAUCUUCAAUCAAGUUAAAAAAGAUCUACAAGAAGAAUCUUCAACUAGACCACAAGCUGAUUUUGAGAAUCGAUCAGAAAAAG